AUGUUAUCAUUUAGAACAAAAGGUUAUAAUGGUUAUGGUAUACAAUAUUCACCAUUUUUUGAUAAUAAAUUAGCAGUUGCAACAGCUGCAAAUUAUGGUUUAGUUGGGAAUGGUAGAUUAUUCAUACUUGAUAUUCAACCAAAUGGUUCAAUAAUUAAUGAAAUUGCAUGGGAAACUCAAGAUGGUCUAUUUGAUUUAUCAUGGAAUGAAUUACAUGAAAAUCAAAUAGUAACAGCAAAUGGAGAUGGUUCUAUAAAAUUAUUUGAUUCAAAAGUUUCACAAUUUCCUAUAAUGAAUUGGAAAGAACAUCAAAGAGAAGUUUUUUCAAUAAAUUGGAAUUUAGUAGAUAAAUCAAAUUUUAUAAGUGGUAGUUGGGAUGGAUCAAUUAAAAUAUGGACACCACAACGACUGAAUUCAAUAAUGACAUUAAAUCCAAGUAUAGAUUAUACUACAAUAGCAGCACCAAUUCAAUCAACAUCAAAAAUUCCAUUAUCUCAUCAACAACAACAUUUGAAUCAAGCAAAUACUUCAAAUUGUAUAUAUACAGCUGAAUUUUCACCACACUCUCCAUCUAUGAUUGCAAGCUGUAAUGGAUCAUCAAAAAUUCAGAUUUGGGAUAUUAGAUCUCCACAUCCUUUACAAAUUCAAUAUAAUGCUCAUGGUGGAUUAGAAUGUUUAUCAGUUGAUUGGAAUAAAUAUAAAAAUACAGUUUUGGUAUCUGGUGGUACUGAUAAAUCAAUUAGAAUAUGGGAUUUAAGAAUGAUUUCAAAAAUUGAUCAACCUUCAAGUCAAUCUCCAUUACCUUCACAACAUUUAAGAGGUCCAACUCCCUUAAAUGAAUUAUUGGGACAUGAAUUUGCUGUUAGAAAAGUUCAAUGGUCACCUCAUGAUCCAAAAGAAUUAAUUUCUACAUCUUAUGAUAUGACUUCAAGAAUUUGGAGAGAUGAAAGUGAUGAAAGAGCAAGAUUUUUAAAUACUAAAUUAGGUGGUUGUAAAGGAAUUUUUAAUAAUCAUAAAGAGUUUGUAAUUGGUUGUGAUUAUAGUUUAUGGGGUAAACCAGGUUGGGUUGCUACUACUGGAUGGGAUGAGAUGAUAUAUAUAUGGGAUUCACACAGAUUAUGA